GCCGCGUUCGUGUCGGGUCACCGCCCCGGUGGACCGCGUCGCAGGUCGACGCGCCACGAUCCCCUCCAUUACUGGAAAGGCCUCAAAAUUGGCUAAAUCACUGGACGGUGAAGUAAUGGAGAGUGCAACGGCGGCGUUCGCCAUCGCCAUUUCUCGCUUCUUGCGCCACUCGCGUCGAACUUGGCACGCCCCCUUCCCUUCGUCUCCUCUCGGCAUCCUUUCCGACCCUCCGCGCGCGCCAUUGAGAGGGAGAAGGAGAGUGGAAAAGCUGAGACCUUUCUGCGUUUCUCUCUUCAGCCUUAAAUGUGCUCCAAAAUAUUACUCCUCUCAGGCUGCCAUCAUAACAAGAGAAACUAAUAUGAUUUUUUGGCAUAAAGUAAAUUCUAUUAGACAUGCCAAGGUUUGCUGUUGGUGGAUGCUGCAAAGUCUGAUUGCCCUCUACUCAUAAAUUUUCUAUGAGAUCAACUAAUAAGUAAUGGACAGAGCAGACACUUCAGACUUUGUCACUGGUGGAGGUUGCAAAUUGACAUUCCAUGCAUAUUUUCAUUUCACAUACUCUAUCAUCCUUAAAGCCAAACCUCUAGAAAUGAGUUACUGAAUAUAGAGCUGGAAGUCCUCUGCCUUCUGGUCUUCCUUCUGCAGCCUCUUUCUCACCAAAACUCAGUUUUUUUGCAUUUUGCCAUUGAUGGGUAUGAUGGAUUUCGACAUGACAGAUCCAUCAAAGGGAAAGCAACAUUUUAUGAGUCUCUUAGUGACUGAAGCAGGGGACUUCUUAAGAUCUGGCACAAGCUCCAUCCUGGGUCACACAACAUUGUGUCUCAACCACUCAAGCUAUGAAACCAGCAGAACUGGUGGAACAGUAUGUUCUCAGAACAAUCAUGAGCUUUCUGCUGUGGACGAUGGUUGUCGUUUGGUUCUUGGUUUGGGUCCAAGUCCAACUUCUUAUACUUCAGGAUGUUGCAUUGCUGACGGAACUAGCAAAACAAGAGAACCUGCCACUUCCACCAACCAAAGUUGGAGCCUGGAAACCGAUAAUGGCAUGUUAGAACUGGGACUUUCAAGAGGAAAUGUGGAAUCAAUGGUCAAUGCAGGGGGCAUAGUAACUUCCUCUUCUAAGUCCAAGCAAACAUCCAUGGAAAAGCAUCACAUGAUUCCAAUUGUUGACGAAAGCUCAAAAUCAGGCAAGAGAAACUCGGGCGGGUACAUGCCUGCUCUCCUAUUAGCCCCAAGGCUGACAAGUUCUGGUGGUAUGGGGGAUGUUCCAGGGACAUUUAAUCGAUCAGAUAUUGGAGCUGAUGCAUCCACUGAUAAUGAUCGUCUUCAACAUAAGCUUCACCAGAGUACCACUGGUCACUCCUCUGCUGCUGACUCAUCAGCUGGUGUUCCUCAAAGAACUCAUCAUCAUCAUCGUCGUCCUAAGAAAUGCAUGUUCAAGGGCUGUUCGAAAGGUGCAAGGGGGGCAUCUGGUCUCUGCAUUGGCCAUGGAGGUGGGCAACGGUGCCAGAGACCUGGGUGCAACAAGAGUGCCGAGAGCAGGACAGCUUUCUGCAAAGCUCAUGGAGGAGGCAGGAGAUGCCAAAUGCUUGGAUGCACCAAGAGUGUAGAGGGUAAGACAGAUUUCUGUAUUGCUCAUGGAGGUGGGUGCCGGUGCACUCAUCCAGGAUGCACGAAAGCCGCACGAGGGAAGUCCAAUUUGUGCAUCGGCCAUGGAGGGGGGAAAAGGUGCACCGUAGAGGGUUGCAUCCGAAACGCCGAGGGCCAGCCAGGGCUAUGCAUCUCCCACGGUGGAGGGCGUAGGUGUCAGUAUCCUGAUUGCCGGAAAGGUGCACAGGGGAGUACCAAGUACUGCAAAGCUCACGGUGGUGGGCGACGAUGCAUGUUUCAGGGUUGUACUAAAGGAGCCGAGGGAAGCACACCCCUGUGCAAGGGGCAUGGUGGUGGUAAGCGAUGCCAUUUCAAAGGUGGUGGUGUUUGCCCAAAGAGUGUCCAUGGUGGCACACGAUUCUGCGUGGCUCAUGGAGGUGGUAAGAGGUGUUCUUUCGCCGGAUGUACAAAGAGCGCCCGUGGCCGCACCGAUUGCUGUGUGCUGCACGGUGGAGGGAAGCGAUGCCACUUCCAGGGAUGCAACAAGAGUGCGCAGGGGAGGACCAAUUUCUGCAAAGCGCACGGUGGCGGGAAACGGUGUGCGUGGGCCUCAGGGUGCGACAAGUUUGCAAGGGGGAGGAGUGGACUCUGUGCAGCUCAUGGUACUAUGAUGGCCGCUCAGCAGGAGCGCCAGGCUGGGGAGACCGGGGGAUUGAUCGGUGCGGGCCUCUUCCAAGGGCUUGUUUCCUCAUACGUCACAGUCAGAAGUAGCUCUGUUUCGGAGAGCGUUGAGUCGCAUGCAAACUCUGGAGGACAGCAGCAGCUUCACAUUCCGCCGCAGGUUCUGGUUCCCUUGUCAAUGAAGUCUCCGGCGUCGUCCUCAGUAUCAAUUGGUUUCGGUGGAGGUGGCGGUGGCGAUGGCGGUGGCGGUGACAUCCAGGAGAAGAAGAGCUGCGGAUUUGUGGUGCCGGAAGGGAGGGUGCACGGUGGGAGCUUGCUGUCUCUUCUUGGUGGGAGCUUCAAGAAUGCUUUGGAUGCCGGGCUGGUUUGAUGUCAUCGCUGGUAGUUUCCCCCGCUGCAUAAUAAAUACUGGUGUUCGAUACGUACAGCGUGUGAUGCAUUGCAUGAAGGAGUAGCUUCUUGUUUUCUGUUCUUGCUCUGCCGCUUGGGCUGGGAGUUGUGUUAGUGUCAAGAAGAAGAUGAUCACUGUGUCAGUUAUUAGGUCCUAUCAAGAUUGAGGAUGCUAUUUGUUGUUGGUUUUCCGUGUUUAUAUAUACGUAUAUGGUUCGAUGAGCGUA